CCCCCCUUCCUUUCGAGUGGGAUUUGAACAGCGAGAUGCUAACUGUUGUGUUUACGAGUAUUUUAGCGGCUUCGGUGGCUCUCGUUCUCUAUCACAAAAUAUGUUCUCCGUUUUUAUGGGCGGAUUUCAAGUAUUACUUGAAACUGCGGAUGUACAGCAAGUCGUUGCAAGCUCGCAUGCGGCAAGGAGUCAUCACGUAUCUGGACUGCUUCCUCCUCCAGGCGAGGAGGAACCCGAAGAAGCCUUUCAUUAUCUUCGAAAACCAGAAGUUGACGUACCAGGAUGUGGACUUGAGAAGCAACCGGUUUGCGAACGCGUUCGGCGAGAGCUCUUUGGAACCAGGACACAUUGUCGCUCUGUUGAUGUGCAACGAACCGGAUUUUGUUUGCGUGUGGCUGGGACUGUGCAAACUGGGAUGUCAAGUCGCCUUUCUCAACACCAACCUUAAAGCCAAAUCUCUGCUCCACUGCAUUCGGAGUUGUGCAGCCAAGACCCUUGUGGUGGGCAAAGGUCUAGCUCAUUUGGUGGAGGUGGUGCUGCCCGACUUACAGGAGGACGACAUAUCGGUGUGGUUAGUACGUCACUCGUCGCUUUCUGAUGGUUUCAUCAGUUUACUUGAUAAGGUGGAAAACAUGUCGACAGAGAACAGAAGCGGGCCGCUUAAAGUUGACGUCAUGUCCAACUUCCUCUUCAUAUUUACAUCAGGAACCACAGGUUUCCCAAAGGCGGCACGUGUGGGGCAUCUGAAAGCCAUCAUGAGCAUGGCGUUCUUUCACAUGUGCGGAGCGACAUCUGAUGACGUCAUAUACAUCACCCUUCCUCUUUACCACAUGUCCGCUUCCCUGUUAGGCAUUGGAGGAUGCAUACAGCUUGGUGCAACUUGUGUCUUAAAGAAGAAGUUUUCAGCCAGUCAAUUUUGGAAGGACUGUGUGAAAUACAAUGUGACAGUGGUGCAGUACAUAGGAGAGCUCUGUCGAUAUCUGGUCAACCAUGCCGUGGUUCCAGAAGAGAAGAGUCACUGUGUUUGGCUUGCAGCAGGAAGCGGGCUUCGGACAGAUGUGUGGAAGGCAUUUGCCAAACGGUUUAGUACGAUCAAGAUCAGAGAAGGUUAUGGUUUAACUGAAGCCAGCAUUGGCUUCCUCAACUACACCGAUGAGGUCGGACCCAUUGGGAGAGCAAGCUACUUCAACAAGCUUUCAGUACCAUUUCAACUCCUGAGAUAUGACACACAAACAUAUGAACCAUUCAGAACGCAGUCUGGAAGAUGUGUACAAGCACAGAUAGGUGAGGCUGGUAUCCUGGUCGCUCCAAUGACAGCAAUGAAUCAGUUCUUGGGUUACGCUGGAAAUAAGGUCCAGUCUGAGAAGAAGUUGAUCAAGGAUGUGUUUGUGGUGGGUGAUGUCUAUUUUAACACUGGAGACCUCCUGCUCCAAGACCACAGAGAAUUUAUUUACUUCCGUGACCGUAUUGGAGACACUUUCAGGUGGAAAGGGGAAAAUGUAUCCACUAUGGAAGUGUCCGAGGUUUUAUGUCUUCUUGAUUUUAUUCAAGAGGCCAAUGUUUAUGGAGUCAAUGUACCAGGGCAUGAAGGUCGAGCAGGCAUGGCUGCGAUUGUUUUAGAACAGGAGCACACGUUGAAUGGUGCAAAACUCUACGACCACUUGGUUGAAACCCUUCCCGCGUAUGCCUGGCCAUGGUUUCUCCGAAUACAGCCCUCUCUGGAUGUGACAGAGACUUUUAAGCAACAGAAGGGGAAGCUGGUCCAGGAAGGAUUUAACCCAGAGAGCACACAGGAUCAUCUCUAUUUCUUAGCGAUCACUCAGAAGGACUACGUUCUCCUCGAUGUAUCUCUAUAUGAGGAUAUUGUGUUUGGAAAAAUCAAACUAUAGUAUCUGAGAAAAUUAUCUGACAAGUAAUAAGGGCUGCAUUAGAGUAAUAAUGACUCAUAAGUUAUGAACAGGUAAUUAGCAAGGCAUUAUAUUUGGCAAUAAUGCAUUUUAGAGAAUAAUUCCAGUUUUAAUUAGUCCCUGCAUACCAGCAGUUAUUCUUUGCCAGGUACAUGUAGCAACAUGAAGAUAACUUGUUCAGUACAUCCGAGAUCUCUCAUGAAAUAUUUGAAUUGAAAGUGUUUACUCAAUAGUGGAAUGCACUGAGAACAAAAUAAGAGUGAUCAAUGGACAUCCAAAGCGUUAACCCACGCAGGUCUGGUUAUCAUACUAAAAAUAAGAGUGGACAAAUCUGAAAGCAGCUCCAACUUUUGCAAAUUCCUCAAGAUGAUUUCAAAUGAGGCUCAGCAAGUGCGUGUUGCCUCCACGUGCCUGCAUGCACAGGGCAAUCCGCUUCUUCCGUGACAAUCACACCAUGUUGUUUGUGGUUCAAUUUAAAAAAAAAAAAAACAAAAAAAACAAAAAAAAAAAACACACAUAUAGAGUACAGUAUGUUAUGCCUCAGUUCCCUAUCAGGUUCCCCAGGUGUGAAGUUUUUCUGUUUUUUUUAUGCGGACGGUGACGCUUAACCUUCAUUGCCGAUGAAUAAAUGUGGUUGGAUGUCUGGUGGGGCCUUAGGUGCAGAAAUACAAAAAAAAAAAAAAACAGCCACACU